AUGGAAGUUUGCGCUUUGGAAGAACAAAAGUUAAACGAGUAUGGUUUAACAUUAGACAUUAUUAAAACCGAGCAAGGUAAGGAUGACUUUUGUAUUAAAAUACGUAAGGCAUUGGAUGGUACUGAAUUGAAGGCUCCUGUUGAUCUUCCGUUCUACUCAUUGGAAGAUGAUGUUCUCUAUUUCAAUUACGAUCAUUCAAAAGUAAACCCGUUCAGCUCAAGGGUACUCACCAGUCGUAUUUGGGUUCCACUGUCGUUACGUAAUAAGGUCAUGUCCUAUUAUCAUGAUGAUUUGCUUACCGGAGGUCACCUUGGUUUUAUCAAAACGUUAGAGAAAAUCAAAUGUAAGUUUUAUUGGUUGACAAUAAUCCCAGAUUUGAAGUCGUUUAUCUCUAGUUGUAUGACAUGUGCUCUCAUUACAUCAAAAUAA